AUGUCUCAGGAACAGCACCCAGUGCCCCCCAUGAAUGGUAUCGAGCCCAGGUUCGACGAUGUUGAUGAUGGUCGCAGCUGCGCGGACUCGAUCGACUCGGACCUAAAGACAAAACCUACGAACACAUUAGGAAGUGUACAAUUACGAAACCCAAUCACCAACGAUAUUAUACUGGUUCCAACACCAUCGAAUGAUCCCAAUGAUCCUUUGAACUGGUCGAGAGGCUACCGAAUAUACAUUGCCUUAAUUUCCUGCGCAGCCAUCUUCAUGGCUCAAUUUCUAGCAGCUGGUCCAUCGGUUGACAUGAUUGGAAUUGUGGAGGAUAUAUUUGGCAUUUCGCCUUCAGAUCCGGGUUACUCAUCUUCAUUGGCUAAAAUGUCAUACGCCUUCAGUGGCGCCUCGUUGGCACAGGGGAUGUCCAAUCUCAUCUACAUGCCCCUUAUUAUCAAGUAUGGGCGUCGACCUGUCUAUAUAAUUUCUUUCUUGAUAUAUGGAGGGUGCGCACUCUGGGCGGGGUUGGCGAAGGGAUACUCGAGCGAAUUGGCAGCACGGCUUAUAAUGGGGUUUGCGGGUGGCUCUGCUGAAUGUGUUGCGCCGCUUACAAUUGCUGAUACAUUCUUCUUGCAUGAGCGUGGUCUGAUUAUGAGUUAUUACUCCGCCGCACUGUCCUGUGGUGUGUCUGGGGGUAUUAUCCUCUCCGGACUGAUCACGAUUCACCAGAGCUGGCGUGUGAUAUACUACGUGGCAGCAGGAAUGAUCUGGACAUUGGUUCUUCUGAUUAUAUUUACCAUGCCGGAGACAGCAUACCAGCGAAAGAUACCCGAUCUCCCCGAAGAACCUAAUAAAGCCUCCGAUGAGCCACACGCUAUACACAGAGAGACUGCUAUUCCGCCCAAAAAGUCAUAUUCGCAACGAAUGAGACUUCUUAAUCCGGCCUUUACCCAAGAAUCUCUCUUCACAUUAUUCUGGCGUCCAGUGCCCCUUCUUUUCCUUCCCUCGGUAUUAUGGGGAACAUUAGCGAUGUCCGUUGCGAUUGGGACCUUCGUGGCUAUUUGCUCAAACUUCGCAACGGCUUUUACCACUACAUAUAAUUGGUCGACCUGGCAAUGCGGAUUGACAUAUAUGCCGUUCUCAUUGGAGCCACCGCUGCGCAGAGAUGGAAUUCGAGAGCCAGAGAUGAGACUACCAACUGUGACCAUUUCGCUUAUUCUAUGUCCGGUGUCCUUGAUACUGUAUGGAGUUGGAAUACAGAAAUCUCUGCAUUGGAUAGUUCCAGUGAUUGGACUGGGUCUACUGGGAUUUGUGAUUACACAAGUUAGCAAUGUAGCUCUUGUUUACGCGAUCGAUGCUCAUAGACCCAUUGCUGGCGAGGUCGUUGUAUCACAACUGAGUUUCAAAGCGGCAUUCGGAUUCCUUCUAUCAUUCUAUACCAACCCCUGGAUUGAUUCUUCUGGUUACAUCAAUGCCUUUGGGUCACUGGCUGGUAUCUGUGCGGCUGUCUUGAUAAUGUGGAUUCCACUUUAUUUAUGGGGAAGGCAGAUUCGAGUAUGGAGUUUGGGAUUGUGGAUCAUGAAAGGAGUUCGCUGGGAGUCUGACAGGGAGGUUGGCGAAUAG